AUGUCCACAGCACUUGCCAAUCCCCUUCUGGAGCUGAUCUCGCGGACGCGCAUUCUGCCGGAGCAACGUAACGUCGACAAUGUCCACACAAUCCCGCUCUCCAUUCUCGAUGCUACGGUCAUACGUUUUGCAAUGACCAACGCCGCAUGGUACUAUGACAAGCCAUCGGAAAACGCGAAGGCGUCCGACGCACUCUCCAUACCCGCCCUCACAAGGUCCCUGCGGACAACCCUCAACGCUUACCCUCAGUGGGUCGGUCAGCUCCAGUGGAUAGCGCACGACUCGAGUAACGGGAAACCCGACCGCCGUGGUCGCGCGUCUGUAACCUACGGGUCUGUCAACGACCCGGGAAUCGAGCUCAUCGUCGCGCAUUGCUCCGCAACUCUUGCCUCCCUCGUCCCGGAGAGCAAGACUCGUCUCGAAAGUGGCGCCUGGUGCGCAGACCAGUUCCCAUCCACCCAGCUACUCUACCCCACCGAACUCGCCCUGUACAACCCCGCGGACUACACCGGAAAGCCAUCCGUCUGUGUCCAACUCACCACAUUCGCAUGCGGCGGGAUGGGAGUCGCUCUCCGGAUCGCUCAUGCACUGGCCGACGCGACUACACUGAUCCAGUUUGCGAAGAACUGGGCCUCCGUACAUCGUUCCCUGAUCAACAACCAACUGCCACCUGCACUACCAGUCGUUUUCGAACCGCGUCUAGUUGACCGAGCGGCCUCCGGAGACAUCGACGGCGUCGCUCCCAACCCUGAUAUCAUCCGUAUAUCGCGUUCGCUCCCCAUCAUCAAACACGACUGGAGCUCCCUCGCCCCGGCACAAUCGCUGGCCGCAGACGAUGCCGAACGUGAUGCACCUGUGGCCCAUUUUCUUGUGUACCUUCAUCCCGUUGAGGUGCAGCGAAUCUGGGAGGACGCAUCCGCCAACAUACCCGCGGGGUUCCGAAUCAGUCGCUUCGACGCCCUGCUCGCCUUCAUCUGGAGGCUCAUUAUCCGUGCACGCAGCAUGAAGGACGACUCGAGCCCCGUGCAUAUGAUCGUCACCGUGGGUGUCCGGACCCGCCUCUCCCCACCUCUACCCAAUGGGUUUGCCGGCUCUCCCAUCGUCCUCGCUCGUGUCUCCCUCCCUGCAGACGAGAUUUCCACCUCCACAUCCCCCGGCGCACUCGCGAUCCGUUCCACCGUCUCCAAGUUCACCCCAGAGACCCUCGGAGCGUUCAUGCACGAUCUCGCGCACCAGGUGGACCCGCAGCGCUACUGGCACGCCUUCCUCCGCCGACGCAACGCCGCCUACACCUGCUGGCGAAGUCUCGACGUCUACGCGCUCGACUUCGGGACGGGCGCGCGUCCGCCCUACAUCGAUGCCGUCAUGCCUAGCAUGGACGGGCGGCAGCACUCCGUCGUCACGUCGUGGCAGGACCUCGACGUAUACGGGGUCGACUUCGGCGUGGGCGCGCCUCCGCGCUACGUGGACGCGUUCAUCCCCAACAUGGACGGGUGCAUUCACAUCAUGGAGGCCGGCCCCUUGGUAGGGAAGGCGAAUGGCGGAGGAGCCGGACGCUGGUACGACGAGACCGUGUGUUUGUCGCUGCACCUCGCCCGGGACGUGAUGCAGAAGUUGUUGCAGGACCCAGAGUUACGGAAGUAUAGAUCACUACACGAUGAGGACUAG